GGAUGUCCGUCACUCGGCGGAACAGGCGGUAUCUAUAGUGUGGGGUGGAAUUGCUAACCGAGGCGUGAGCACUUUUAUAAUGUUUUGCUGAGCUGAGUCGUAAAUCUAUUUAUUGAAACCGAGACGCAAAGGAGGAACAGCUACGAUGCUGCGUGUGUGCUGGAAAGGUGCAAACACAGCGGCACGGAAAUGCCUGUGUGAAAAUGUGGCGGUCCAUCCCCGGCAACACUGUCGUCGUUAUACGUCAGCUGGACAAUCUGGGUCUGCUGCAGGUAAGAUUGUGGCUGCCAGUCUCCUGACCGUCGGUGGAGGCCUAGGUGGUACAAUCCUUUACGCCAAAUGGGACCCGAAAUUCAGAACAAACAUUGAAAAGAGCGUACCCUAUUCUGAUAUGCUGUUUGAAAUGAUUCUUGGUCCCCCUCCACCUCCAGUUGUCCCUUUGCCAAAGAAACCGGCAAAGUUUGAACCACUGCAGAUAUCGUCAGUGUCUGAAACUUCAAAAGAUUCAAAACAGCCAAAAGUAAAAGGCAGAGCUAAAGAAAAGCAGCCGGAGUCAGCGCCUGUGGAACCCAUCCCUGCUCAGCCUGUAGAGGAGACUCCUGCAAAGUCAUUACAGACCCUCGAGGAGGCCUCAGCUGAGGCGGCCCAUAUAAUUUCAGCCAUCAGUGAGGUGCCGUCUGUUCCCGCACCGGGCACCAGCCUCGACCCUACAUCAACUCCGACCAAGUCUGGGGCAGGUGAAGAAUGUCAUGAGUGUUCUCACCAUGAACCGGUACUGAAAGAGCGACCCAUGGAGGAAGUGGCUGCCCGCUUGGCUCAGCAAGACCAGGCUGAACAGGACACUCUGGCUGCUUUAUCAUUUGGACUGGAGGAGACCCUGGGAGCCUCGGCCAAGGUUACCCUACAUGCCAUUGGAGCCCAGGAAGCAGCACUCCUCUCCAUCAACGCCCACACACAGAGACUCCGAGAGGCCAUGGACUCAGAGGAUUCUCCAGAUAAGAAGUCAGCUCAGUGGAAAGAGCUGGAGGAUGCACUCAGUCAGCGCACACAUGCCGUGAACCAGGCUGGAGAGGCUGUACUCCAAGCCAAAGAACAGCUUGAGAAGCUCAGAGGAAAGAUCAACAAUGCUAAGGAAGCAAAGAUUGAUGCUGCCAGACCACAGAUUCUGGCUGCAGAGGAAAAUCUACACAGUAUGAUUGUGGAUCUGGACAAAGCUGUAACCAAAGUGCAGGCGGCUCAGUCUGAGGCAAAGAUUGUGUCUCAGUACAGUGAGCUGGUGAAGGAGGCCAAGGCUCAGUUCCAAAAAGAGCUUAGCAACAUUACACCUGAGGUCCAAGCAAACUGGAAGGGUCUCACAGGGAAGCUGAGUGCUGAUGAUCUGAAUUCACUGAUUGCCCAUGCUCAUCGCCGUAUUGACCAGCUAAACCGCGAACUGGCCGAGCAGCGAGUGCGUGAGCAGAUCCGUAUCGAAACCGCACUGGACCAGCAGAAGCAUGAGCACCAGAAAUCUGUGGAACAGGCUGUGGUCACUGCACUGGAACACCACCAUGAGGAGAUGAGACUCGAGCAGGAGAAGAAAGUGCAGGAAGUGCGGGAGGUGAUGGAGGCAGAAAUGAGAACUCAGCUGCGUAGGCAGGCAGCCGCACACACAGACCACCUGCGCGACGUGCUUAAAGUGCAGGAACAGGAGCUGCGGGAGGAGGCUCAGGAGAAUCUGACCAGUAAGAUAAUGGAGCAGGAGAUGCACUAUCGGCGUUUGGCCCAGGAGCAGAUAGACUCCUUCACUCUGGACAUGAACUCUGCCUACGCCAGGCUCAAGGGCAUAGAGGAGGCCAUUGACAGUCAUGUAACUGCUGAGGAAAAAGCACGUCAAGCUCAUCAACUGUGGUUAUCUGUGGAGGCUCUAAAUUAUGCAAUGAAGACUGCAGUGGCAGAUUCACCCUCUGAGCCUCUAGAAGGCGCUGUGCUCGCCAUCAAAGAGAGUUGUGCACAAGAUGAGUUUGCCCAGGUCUUGGCUUCAGCCCUACCCGAGGAGUCGAUAAAGCGUGGCAUUUACAGCGAGGCCUCACUGCGUGCUCGCUUUUAUGAAAUCCGUCGGCUAGUCCGACGCGUGGCACUAAUAGACGAGACGCGUAACAGUCUUUACCAGUACUUCCUGUCCUACUUGCAAUCCAUCCUGCUUUUUGAGAAGGAACAAGAGGUGCCACCCAGCAAGCUGGCACAAGAAAACCUCGACGCUUUCAAGCUGCUCGCCUACGCCACCUACAGUGUGGAGCGUGGUGACCUCGAGUUAGCUGCGAAGUUUGUCAACCAGCUGCAAGGCGAGGCACGACGUGUAGCUCAGGACUGGCUCAGAGAAGCCCGGCUCACUCUGGAGACCAAACAGGUAGUCAAUUUGUUGUCAGCAUACGCCAAUGCCGUAGGCUUAGGCACCACACAGGCUCCUUAAAUUACUCACACCCGAUUAAGAGUUAAAAUGAAUGAGGACUGCUGUCCAUCUGCUGCUAACAGCAAUCUGCCCUCCUAAGAUUAAUUUAUACGCCAGCCCAGGUUGGGUUGGUGUUAUUUGUUUUGGCUUUUUUUUUUAUUAUUGUUAAAAGCACUUUUGCAAGAAGGCUUUGUCCGGAAAUAAUGGCCUGUCACUCAACAUCUGUAUUCAUAAUCUCUCUAGGUACAUAACUACACAGCAUUACACUGUUUAAAUUUAGAGUGUGUGCGGCUGACACAUGGACCAUCGGGUGAGGAACACUGUCUGAACCAUGUUUGUUCACAAUUCAAAGUUUUAGGUUCAGUAUCCUAAUCGGUGAUUAGUCCAGGUUUUUGGAAAUGGUCAUAUGUCAUGCUAUGGUUAUGAAUCUGCCCCUCUGUACUGGAUGUUAAUAAAUCAAGGAUGUUGA